UGCUUGAGCAAGCUCUGCUGGUGGCUUGCUAGCUAUUUCUAUCGAUCCAGCAGCUAUAGCUAUGCAUGCAUGCAGCAAUGGCGGACGAUGAGCAGCAGCAGGCAGCAGCAUAUGCGUGCGUGCCGCCAGGGUUCAGGUUCCACCCGACGGAGGAGGAGCUGGUGGGGUACUACCUCGCCAGGAAGGUGGCUUCCCAGAAGAUCGACGACCUCGACAUCAUCAGGGAGGUGGAUCUCUACAGGAUCGAGCCAUGGGAUCUCCAGGUCCAGGAGAGGUGCGGCUACUACGGCGGCGGCCAGGAUCAGGAGGAGCCGACGGAGUACUACUUCUUCAGCUACAAGGACCGCAAGUACCCGAGCGGCACGCGCACCAACCGCGCCACCGCCGCCGGCUUCUGGAAGGCCACGGGCAGGGACAAGCCGGUGCUCUCCUCCAGCAGCAGCGGCGUCGUCAUCGGCAUGCGGAAGACGCUGGUGUUCUACCGCGGCCGCGCGCCCAACGGCCGCAAGACGGACUGGAUCAUCCACGAGUACCGGCUGCAGAGCAACGAGCACGCCCCCGCGCAGGAGGAAGGAUGGGUCGUCUGCCGCGCCUUCCACAAGCCCAUGCCCAACCACCACCACCACAUGAUCAGGCACGCCGCCGCUUCCUGCUGCUACUACUAUCCUGCCCCUGCUGCUGCGCCUCCCGCCGCCGGUCUGCCGCCGCAUAAUGGCCACCUGCACCUCCACAGCCCCUCCGCGGAGUCGGCGGUGGAUUGGAACCUGCUGAGCAGCCUGCUACCGCCCGGGCAGCUGGAUUUCGUCCAUCACACGCUGACACCGCCGCCGGCUUCUUCUCCUUCUUCCUGCUCCACGACGACCACCACCACCACCACCAGGAACAAUAACAAUGAAUGAUGCGUGACAAGACAUCUUAAUUUUUCCAGCUAGCAAUCCAAGACGACUGAUUAUUAUAUCUACUGUUUUAACCAACCACGCCCACACUACACACUAGCUAGCUUACGUACGUAGCGUAUAUAUAUAUUUUGCAUUGUAGGGUUACUAGGAACUCAUCAUUUCACGUGUACGAGCUUGAGAUCUAUCUGGAACUGAUAUCAG